UGUGGCGCACCAGCGCCAAAGGAAAAGAGAAGCGGCACCGUGGCAGCGAAGCAGACGAAAAAAGGCAUUUGCCGGCGACAUUCUUAAAAGUGUAGUCCUGUCUUUUUCGCUGAACAACAAAAAAAUAGAAACUCUUUUUCCAUAUUCAAUCCAAAGUCGUCCUGUGUCUUAUUUUCUUUCCGUGAAACAAUAUUGCGGAUUUCCCCCAUCCGUCACAUUGGUGCCGAAACCCAUUUGACGAACAAUUCAGGUGACAAGUGGAAACAGAAGAAAAUCUCUCAAGGUUUUUCGAACAAAUCGAAAAACAUAUUCCCGUCAAUUACGUGAGUCAAGCAAACAUUCACUGGCCAGUUCGGAUAGUUGACACUUUUCCCCAAUUUCAUUGAUUCGUAUACUCGCCGGCUGUUACACGAAAGAACUACGCCACCAAACAAAAAUUACGCUAUCGUAUAAGACGAACUCCCAAUACUGCUUCAUACUCGCUAAUUUUCCAGCAUGGCCGUUGAGGGCCAAGAUCAUAUGGUCGACGCUCAGGCCCUGUUUGCCACGCGGACGACAGCAAAGCGCAAACACACCAACACCGUAAAGCGAGCUUGAACUUUAAUAGGAGACGCCGCGUCUCGCGCCGACCUCGACGACUUUAUGCCAACGCUAACUGAUGCCUUCAACGAGCUCGUCGAUAUACACGAGCGUUUCGUGGCCGCUGCUAACCUUGACACUGAAGAACUGGAGGCCGCCCAAGCGUACUUGCAAAGGAUCCAGCAGCUGCAUAACACUUGCGUCGAAGCACUCAAUCGCGUCCGUCAAGUGAGGGUUGGUCGUCAGGGAUGGAAUGUAUCCAACAGCGACCAUGAACCUAAUCGUUCUAAUCCACACGACGACCAAACGGAAUCGCUCAGCAAUACCAUUCAGCCUUACGAUUCGUCAGGUGCUAUUCAACAGCCUGGACAGCAAGAUAACACCAGUCAUCUAAACGUACCUGAUGAAAAAUUUGACGCUACUGCUCAAUUAACGGCAGCGAAAAGACGAAAGCUCGAUCUCGAGUUCUUGUUGGUUCAGAAAAAAGUUCAGCAAGAACGAGAAGUCAAAGAUUUGGUGACAAAAAACGAACGUGAACAAGAGGAUCUUAUGAUGCGAAUCCGUCGCGAAUCGCAACUUCUUGCGGGCCUCGGAGCUGUAGCGUUCGAAGAUUACCACUUAACUUCGUCUCCAUUGCAAACUUAUCAGAACAAUCUUCCUAAGGCAUUCGUGCCAACAAACCCCAACAUCGGCGAUAUGAGUCAUCAAGUUCCUGUUACGCCGCGUCAUCAUUCAUCCUAUCGCGAACCAAGGCUAGUAGUAGCUAAGUUUGACGGCGAUCCCCGUAGAUGGCCGAAAUAUGCGGCUGGUAUUAAAGCCACUCUAGCCGACACAGACUUCACGGAGUCAGUGAAACUGCUUUCGUUCCAAGAAACUUUGCUAGAGAGUAUCCAACGAAGAAUGGCGAAUAUCUUCACUGGCGGCUAUUCGUUCGAAUCAGCGUGGGCUCAGCUCCAAAGCAAAUACGGCGACCCAGCCUUGAUUAUUCAAGCGCAUAAUCAGUACCUCCUACAGCUUCUACCUUUCAAGAACGAUGACUUUGAUUCCCUUUUUCACAUGGCAACUGCCGUGCAUGACGCAUUUUCGAGCGUAGGCCCUGAACACAUCGAUUUGUUAACUUACUCCACGGUAGUUGGCUCCCUCCACGUCAAGCUACCGAUGAAUCUUCAAACUGAUUGGGGCAAGUAUGCCUACGAGUUGAGACGAGUUCCAUCACUAAAGGAUUUUGACAGCUGGAUCGACGCAAUUGUUGGUGCGGAAGAGCUUCAUGGUGCCAAACUAUCUUCGACGGGCAAUGCAAACGCAGAAAAACCACCCGCUCCCGGUUCGACAAAUAGAAACAACAGCAAUCAAAAUCAAUCGGGCAGCAGCAACUAUAACAACCGCAACCCAACUAUCCUUGCACAAUCGUUAUUGGAUGUAGCAGUCUUCCCAGAGUGUCCUGCCUGCAAGAAGAAUCCAGGCCACAGGCUCGAGAUGUGUAACGUUUUCAAACGAAUGAUUGUCAACGCUCGCGCCGCAUUAUGCGCCUCCAACAACCGCUGCUUAAAAUGUCUAAUUCACGGCCAUUACACCCGAAAAUGCAGAAGACAAAACGCUGGUUGCAAAGAAUGUGGUGGGCCCCACUAUUCGUUAUUACAUGGAGCUGAUCGGCAGUUUCCGGAAUCAUCAACCAAUAAAGGUAACAAGCCUCACGUAUUUCUCGUUAAAUCCAUAGAUAGCGGUGUACGGCCAGUUUUAUUGGCUAUUGUUAAACUGUUGGUUGAAUCAUUUGACUCAGUUCGCACAACCUAUGCUGUCCUUGAUCCGGGUAGCGAAGCAACCCUCGUAAUACGCAACUUGGCAAACUCGCUAAAUCUGAAAGGUCCGCCUUUGCUCGUUCGCUUCGGUUCGUUCUACGACUCGCUUUUAAUCAAAUCCAAUGUAGUGACGUUCAAACUUAGCUCACUGGAUGGGAAACAAACCUUGGAGGUGUCCAACGUCUUAGUCGUCCCAAAAAUUACUCUGUCCCGGCGUAAAAUUGAUUGGCCCAGUAUCAAAACUAAUUGGGAACACUUGUCCGGCCUCGAACUUCCUAGUAUCGAUUCGUCCAAAGUCGAAGUUUUAAUCGGAAUGGAUUUUCCAUCCGCUCAUCAAACGCUCCGAGUCGCCUUACCGAUCAAAGGUGAAGAUGGCCGUACAGCGCACCAGACUUGCUUCGGUUGGGACGUCGUUGGCAAAAUACCUUGAUGUCUCGUUACCGGCCCUAGUAAGAAGCGAAGCGUUAAUUUAGGUUACGUACAACCCCACUCAUCGGCUUUCGAAGCUUCGGGAAACUCGCCAUGCAAAAACUCACCCGAGCCUCCAGCUGCUAACUCCAUUUCCGACGAAGACGAUCAAAUGCUAGCCAUCAUCAAUCGGUCUAUGACGCGCUUAAAAUGUGGUUACCAGAUCGAGCUGCCAGUAAAACCGAACCACCCGUUAAUUCCCAACAACAGAAGCCAAGCUCUUUCGCGUUUCUACGGACUUGAACGUCGCCUUCUUGACCCGAAUAUGCGCGGCCUCGCCAAACAAUACGAAAAAAAGAUAGAUAAUCUCAUCGCUUCCGGCACUGUAGUCCUUGUGGAUCGGUCAGAAAUCGACAAACCGGCGGGUUUUAUUUGGCAUUUACCGCAUUUCUUCGUCGUAAACAACAACAAACCGGAUAAAGGGAUUCGAUUCGUUUUCGACUGCGCCGCUCGUUACAAGGGAGUAUCUCUCAACUGUUUUCUAUUGCAUGGACCCCCAUCUAUUCCUUAUCUGGUUGGUAUCCUACUUCGAGCGCGCCAGCAUUCCGUCGCCCUUUCGGCCGAUAUUACUUCAUUUUACCAUCGUAUCGGUGUUGACAAAAAGCAUCAGCCACUUCAACGCUUCGUUUUCCGCAAAUUUGGCAGCAAUUCUCCGAUCCUCACGUACCAGUUCACGACGUUAGUAUUUGGUGAAAUUAGUCAUCAUCUGCCUCCGUUCAAACCUUGCAACGCGCAGCGAACGACAACGUCCGUUUUCCCCACGUUGCCACCAGAUUAAAGGACAAUUUUUACUCCGAUAACUUUUGUGACUCUUUCGAAACUAAGGAGGAGGCUUUAAAUUUUGCGAAAGAUGUGACGGAAUCUCUCGCGUCUGGUGGUUUCGCGUUAACCGGUUUCGCUUAAUCUUCCUUGCGAGUUAUCAACAGUAUACCAGCGCAUCUUAGAUCGACACCAAUAGCGGAUCUUAACCCGAACGCCUCGCCGGUUGACUUUAUUUUUGGCAUGGAGUGGCAUCUCAUCGACGACUCUUACAGAAUCAGGGUAAAGCAAAUGCCCGAAGUAUCUACAAAGCGGGAAUUGCUAUCAGCCAUUUCCUUGACUUUCGACCCUCUCGGUAUUUGCCUUCCAGUGAGGUCAGGAGCGAGGCUCCUGUUUUAACAUAUCCAUCGAUUAGAGCGCGAGAAGAAAAUGCCUCGUGGCUGGGACCACCCAUUGCCUGAAGAAGUUCUGGCAAAGUGGAAAGAAUGGACGAAAGGACUGAACAAACUGUCUCUUAUGUAUGUCAGCCGCUGCUUCCACCCGACCGAAUUUCCUCUCGACAAAUCAGUGUUUACGCUAAUUAUUUUUGCAGACGCCUCAUCAGUAGCAUACGGAGCCGUCGCUUAUCUUCGCGUGAAGUACGGAAACAGAAUGCACGUCAGUUUUAUUAUGGCAAAGGGCCGCCUCGCGCCUCUCACCCCUAUUACGAUUCCGCGACUCGAGCUAAAAGCCGCCGUCCUGGCCGUUCAAAUCUCAGCAAUUAUCAAGAAGGAGCUUCGGCUCAUCGGAGCUUCGGCGGAGUUUUAUUCGGACUCAGAAAUAGUGCUACAUCAGUUGCGCACCAGCCGCCCUCGUCAAACAGCGUUCGUCACGGCAAGAAGAAAUGAAAUUCUUGCACACUCGUCGGCAGACCAAUGGCAUUAUGUCUGCAGCGAAGACAAUCCCGCGGACGCUUGCACACGGGGCGUUGUUCCAAAAGAUUUUGGGCCAGGCUGUCAAUGGAUCACCGGACCUAGGUUUUUGUCGGAUCUAGCGUUCGUCCCAGUAGCGUUCCAUCCGCCUUCCGUUUUGGAUGAUGAGGAGACGGAGCAAGUCGUUUGUGUCGGUCAGCUAAGCGUGGUACAACCAUCUCGUCACCCGUCAUUUCUCGUAGUAUCUAAACUAAUUGCUCAAAGUACCCAGCUCAACAUCUUGAAACGUCAUGUCGCCCAAGCGUUACGGACUGAUCCGGAUUCCGUCAAGGAACCAACCGCCGAUGAGCUUGCUAAUGCCUUUCACCUCUGCCUAGCCAUCUCGCAAUAAGAGGCAUUUUCGCGCGAGACCGUUGCUCUGGCAAAGGGCGACUCGAUUCCCAGGAAUUCGAUCCUGAAGCGAGUGGGGCCAUACAUCGACCCCGUCGACGGUUUAUUGAUGGUGGACGGGUGGCUUCAACACGCAGAGCUCCCUGCUCGUACUCGUCACCCAAUCAUCAUAGCAGCAGACCACCACCUCUCCAAACUCAUAAUCGAAGAUUGUCAUUUUUUGAGUCCACCAUUCUGGCGUGGAACAUACGCUGAGUGUUGUGAGGCAAAAUUUUUAUCUUCUCCAGGGACGAAGAGCGAUCCGUCGAACCCUUGGAAAGUGUGUGAAAUGUAGAGUCCUUCAUGCGCUGCCACAGGCUCUUCGAAUGGCCAGUCUACCGAAAGAACGCCUCCAAGCAUUUACCCGCGUAUUUACUAACAUCGGCUUGGAUUGUUUUGGUCCCUUUCAGGUCGUCGUCUGUCGGCGAACUGUUAAAAGAUAUGGUUUGCUAAUAACCUGCCUCUCCACUAGGGCCGUGUACCUAGAGGUACUAGACACAAUGGAUGCUGACUUUUUUAUAAUGGCACUGCGCCGCUUCAUCUCCCUCCGCGGUCACCCUAAAGUGAUAUUCAGCGAUAAUGGCACAAACAUCGUCGCUGGAGAAAAGGAGCUGCGAGAAGGAAUCAACAACCUAAACUCUGUUCGGGUUACAACCGAGAUGAUUGACCGAGGGAUCGAUUGGCGGUUUUCACCACCGUCAGCACCAUCGUUUGGUGGCAUUUAAAGAGAGACUAAUUAGUUCAAGCAAGAAGGCCAUGAAGGCCAUUCUGGAAAAUCAAUCCGUCACCGACGAAGUUCUGCGGACAGUUUUCGCAGAAGUCGCGUCCUUGUUGAACUCCCGCCCUCUAACGAACGUUUUGACCGACCCGGCAGAACCAGAGCCUCUCACUCCCUUUCACUUUAUCUUGGGCUGUGCAAACCCUCACCAGGCCCCUGACUCUGAAAGCGCCUUUGACGGACUCUCAAGAAGAAAAUGGAAGCAGGCGCAAUUCAUUACCGACCAGUUUUGGAAACGCUGGAUGCGUGAGUACCUGCCCAGCUUGAUUGAAAGGAAGAAGUGGGACAAAUCGGUCCGACCGCUCCGUGUCGGCGACAACGUCUUGAUAAUGGACGAAAACACUCGAAGAGGAGAGUGGCUUACUGGACAGAUAACAAAAGUCUUUCCUAGUAGCGAUAACGUUAUAAGGUCCUCGCCCGCAGGAUUGAUUCCGCCGGCCAGCCGGACUGUGGCACACCAGCGCCAAAGGAAAAGAGAAGCGGCACCGUGGCAGCGAAGCAGACGAAAAAGGCACUUGCCGGCGACAUUCUUAAAAGUGUAGUCCUGUCUUUUUCGCUGAGCAACAAAAAAUAGAAACUCUUUUUCCAUAUUCAAUCCAAAGUCGUCCUGUGUCUUAUUUUCUUUCCGUGAAACAAUAUUGCGGAU